CCGGGUUAUUUAUAGGUUACAGAUCACAUGACAAAACAUUGUGAUCAUGGGUUGGAAAUGGAGAUGACAUUUCUUAUCAAGUGUUGUAAAAUCAUCAGCUGGAUUAUAUUGUUGUUUUUGAUAUCAGAGGCCAGUGGUUUAGGUUAUGAACUGUCUAUCAACUGUACAGUGCACUAUGUGACAUGUCAAGCAUGUAUUGCUGGUUCUUUUGCAAACAGUUCUGUUGAAGAAUGUGCCUGUUGUCUCACAGCUUCUCCAGGCCAAUGCUUUAACCAGUCUUUCUGUCAAGAGUGCAGUAAGGGGUAUUACCAGAACAAUUCAGCCCAAACCAAUUGUUUUCCCUGUCAGAAAGGAUUUUAUACCAACAAGAAAGGCUCUACAGACUGUACACCAUGUGAGGUUGGAUUUUUUGCCAAUAAGACAGGACUGUCAGUUUGUUAUCCUUGUCCUCUGGGAACCUUCCAGAAUAAAACUGGACAACCAGAGUGCAGCCUGUGUCCAGUAGGACAGUACCAAAGUCAAAAGGGACAAAGUGAGUGCAAAAAUUGCUCAGAGGGAACGUUUCAGAAUCACCAAGGACAGCCACAGUGUGAGGAUUGUUCCCCAGGUUUCUACCAGAACCAAACUGGUCAGAGAACUUGUUGGAAGUGUCCUUCUGGGCAGUAUCAGGAAGAGAAGGGGUGUAGCAGCUGUAAUCCCUGUGAUAGAAAUACUUACUGCAGGGAGCCUGGGUGUAUUCAUUGUUCCUUAUGUCCAGCUGGUACAUUUGGGAAUGACUCUAUAGGUCUGGUGGAAUGUCCAGCCUGUCAUCCAGGAAGUUUCUCGGCAGCCAAUGGCUCAAGUCAAUGUACCCUAUGUUCUAAAGGGUUUUAUCAGAGUAAAUUUAACAAGACCAAUUGUGACCCAUGUGCUGUUGGAUCCUACUGCAGUGAUACCGGUUGUGAAGAAUGUGGACCAUGUCCAAGAGGUCAAGAAACCAGAGAACAAAAUAGCACAUUAUGUCAUGAAUGUCUUAUAGGUUAUUACAAAGAUGUGCAAUCAAAGAAGCUGUGUAAGGAAUGUGAGGAUGGCUUCUACACUACAGUCAAAGGUUCCUUCCUUUGUAAACAAUGUCCACAAGGAUACUAUUGUCCUUCAACAUGGGAAUCCCCAAGGGUCUGCCCUCAGUCAGCCAUUUGUCCAGCAGGAAGCUCUUCCCCAGAAUCAUGUGACAUUCCAUUUUUUUCUGCUGAUGUUCAGACGCAAAAAUGCAAGGCAACUGAGGAACUCAUUGCUCUGAUUAUAGGGGUCUCUGUUGUGGCUUUUAUUAUUUUGGCUCUGAUUGUGUACAAAGUUCACAAGGAAAGGAAAGCAAGACAGUUCCAAGAGGAAACACAGCCUUUAACCACAGCACCCAAAAAUCAAAUAUACAUGGGAUUAUAGCAGUCAAAAACUAAACAAAGAGUAAAAUUGUCAGGCAUUUUAACACAUAUUAUAUGUAGCAGAUAGAUAGAAAUGAUUAAAUUGAAAAAUAAUAAAUUAA